UUAUAUUUAUGUUUAUUACGCAAUGUUUUGUUGUUGCGUUGAAGAAUGUAUUGCAUUUUUAACGUGUAGUAAAUUGUUUUUAGACUAAGAAUAAUUAGAACCAACAAUUCAAAAUGAAUGCUAUUAGUCGACCCGUGUCUGAAAUCAUCAAAAAUCGUGAUGUAGAAGAACCCAAAAAACGCAGUCGUGAAGAUUGGAGGAAAGCUAAAGAAUUAGAAGAGGCAAGAAAAGCUGGAAAUGCUCCUGCUGCUGUUGAUGAAGAUGGAAAAGAUAUCAAUCCACAUUUGCCUCAAUAUAUUUCAUCUGCCCCAUGGUAUUUUGGAGCUAAAACUGCAACUUUAAAGCAUCAAAGACCACAGCCUGAUAAACAAAAAGAUUUUGCACAAAUUAGUGAUGACUAUGUUAGAGGAUUGAAAGGUUCUGUCUGUGUACGUUUUCGUCCUGGAGCUUGUGAAAAUUGUGGUGCAAUGACCCAUAGGAAAAAAGAUUGUUUAGAGAGACCUAGAAAAGUUGGAGCAAAGUAUUCUCAAGAAAAAUUUGCUCCUGAUGAAUUUUUGCCUCCAAAAUUACUUUUAAAUUAUGAUGGUAAAAGAGAUAGAUGGAAUGGUUAUGAUCCAAACAAUUACCAGAUGAUUGUUGAAGAGUAUGCAAGAGUUGAUGAGGCUAAACGCCAAUUGAAAGAAGAGAAAUUGAAACAAGAUUAUAUGACAGGAGAAUCAAACCAAUCGAAAGAACCGAUUGGUGAUAUUGAUGAUGAUGACGAUGAUGAAGAGAAAUAUGCUGAUGAUGCCCCCAUGCCUGGCACUAAAGUUGACAGUAAACAGAGAAUCACAGUGCGAAAUUUAAGGAUUCGAGAAGACACUGCAAAGUAUUUGAGAAAUUUGGAUCCUAACUCAGCUUAUUAUGAUCCUAAAACAAGAGCUAUGCGUGAUAAUCCAUAUAAGACCACUGGACAAACACCUGAAGAAUUGGAUUAUGCUGGUGACAAUUUUGUUCGAUAUACAGGCGACACAUCAAAACACAGUAAAACACAAUUAUUUGCUUGGCAAGCAUAUGAGAAAGGUGUUGAAGUAAAUCUGUUGGCAGAACCUACCAAAGCUGAACUUUUACACCAAGAAUUCGAAGUGAAAAAAGAAGAGGUGAAAGAUAACAUCAAAGGGGGAAUUAUCGAAAAAUAUGGCGGAGAAGAAUAUUUAGAGGCUCCUCCAAAAGAGCUUAUUUUUGCACAAACCGAGGAUUAUGUUGAAUAUUCCAGACAAGGGCAAGUAGUCAAAGGCAUGGAGAAAGCAGUUGUUCGCUCUAAAUAUGAGGAAGAUGUCUUUGUUAAUAAUCAUACUUCUGUAUGGGGAUCUUUCUGGCAUGAUUUCCAAUGGGGCUAUAAAUGCUGUCAUUCUUUCAUAAAAAACUCUUAUUGUACAGGUUCUGCUGGUAAAGAGGCCUUACAAGAGUCAUCCUCGUUAUCUGUGCUUGAGCAGAAGAAUAUUAUAUCAGAAGUUCAUCAAAAUAAUGAAGAAGUAUCUCAAGAUUCCACUACUUCUCAGGAUACUAUAUCCAAGAAGAAAAAAGAUAAGAAACACAAAAAGAAAAAGAAGAAGAAGAAGCAUCAUUCAUCAGACUCGGAGGAUUCUGAAAGUGAAAAGAAAAAGAAAUUGAAAAAGGCCUUGGAAGAAGAAGAAGAAAGUCAAAAGAAAGCUGAAGAGUUACUUUCUAUGGACGAAAGAAAACGACCCUACAACAGCAUGUAUGAAGUAAAAGCACCCACUGAAGAACAGAUGGAAGCAUAUUACAUCAAAAGACAGAGACCAGAAGAUCCUAUGUCCGCCUUCCUUAAAUGAGCAUCUUGUAUAUUUUAAAUAUCAUUUCAAGAAAGGACUUUGUAUUAUAUGUAAUAUAUUUGGAUUUAUGAAGAAAUUAAAUCACAUAGAAUAUCUUA